AAUGGCAAACGUGAGCUAUUUGGCAUGGGAGCAUGGCUGCGCAAGCGUUAUGCAGACUUUACGGCGCCAUACUAUCACCCAGACGCAGUUUAUGCACAGGCAACGGGCGUUGCACGCACUCAUAUGACUCUGCAGACGGUGUUGGCGAGUUUUUUCCCACCGAACGAUACUCCCCUGGAAUGGAAUCCAAAAUUUAAUUGGCAACCCGUGCCGAUAUUUUCACAACCACUCAAUGAGGAUACACUUCUGUUGGUGCGAACGUCUUGUCCACGGUAUUUCGAGGCCAUAGAUGAAGUUCUAAAACUGCCUAAUGUGCGAGCAGAAAUCGAACCAUAUCGCGGCAUGCUAAACGAGUUAACAGCAUUUACCGGCAUGAAUAUAACAGAGCCAGAAGAUGUACAAUCGCUUUACUUAACACUUUUAGCAGAGCAAGAAUUCGGCCUGCGACUACCUCAAUGGGCCAAAAGUUAUUUUCCCCACCGAAUGCAAUUCCUAACGGAUCAGAGUUAUAUUUACAAUGUUUAUACACCGGAGAUGCAAAAGAUUAAGGCUGGACCAUUUUUGAAAAAAAUGUUUACCGAAAUGCUGGAAAAACGUGAGGGCCAACUUACGCCGAGUAAAAGAAAAUUAUUUAUUUACACAGGUCACGAUACCACCGUGGUGAAUAUACUAUCAGCAUUGAAAAUAUGGAAGCGUCAGCUACCUCGAUAUUCGGUUAUGACAAUUUUUGAAUUACACAAAAACAAGGAUACCGGAGAGUAUUAUGUGGAGAUUUAUUUCCGUAGUCAUGCCAAAGCACCACUUGAGCAAUUAACAAUUCCAGGCUGUGAUUUUCAAUGUCCUUUAGACAAAUUAAUCGAAUUAAAUGCAGAUGUGAUUCCUACAGACGCUAAUAAUGAGCGUUGCUCUGCGAAGAAUGAAGAUUUUACAGAGCCUCCGCUGCGGGGACCCUAAGUGAUUUACUUACAAACAUAGUAUUGUUUUAGCCUAAUUUGUUUUUUUUUUAUUAGUUUUAUAUUUUACAAAAUUUUCUUUGAAUUUUACUUUAACUACUAAAAAGUAUGUAUGUAUAAGCUCGUUAAGUAUGUAAAUUGAAUUUGUUUAUAAAUUCCUAAAUAUUUGAAAGUAACAUUUUGGUAUUUCCUUACUUUUGAACGAUUUUAUGUGCAAUUCUAUGAGCAGAGAUACGAUUUUUGAACCCAUGCAUUGCUUCCAUGUAAAAAGCUUAUCAGUAAAACCGUUCGCGUUUCGAACUUGAUUCGAACCGGUUACCAAGUUCGAGAAACCCGGGUUUUUAAUACCGGUUGCCAAUUUUCAUAAAAUCGGAGAGGUCACGUCCACUGUUUUUAUUGUAGUUAUUUCAAAAUUAAAAUCGCUUUUAACGAAAUUAGUAAUUGGUACUAAGAUCUUGGACUUUUCUAAAUUGGUAACCUGUACAAAAAAACGUGCGAUCCGAUAUUUGUGAAUAGCAAGAGCGAAACCAAGCGGCAGCCUAAAAAAAAUUCGAUAACGUUAAGAAUAACAACAAAAACAUGCAUUAUUCCUUUAGUCU